CGCUGCGCGGAGCCAAUCAGUGGGUGGGAUAUUGGCGAGUCGCGGGCUCCAGGAGCCGGCCGCGCGCCGCCCGCCCUGGCCCGGCCCAGAGAAGCCCCGGCCGCCUCAGGCUGGGCGGACCCGACGGCGUUCUCUCCGACGCUGUUCCGUCCCGUGCCGUCUGUCCUGCGCCCUUCCGCUCUCGUCCCGUCCCGGAUGGCCGCGGUCUUUCGGGCACCCGCGGGCCGAGGGCAGGGCCACAGCCAUGUACCCCCCAGGACCAGCACCCGUGGUGACCUAACGGUGGUGGACACAGAGCUGGAGAACGCUGGAAGAACUCCGUCCCACCACGGCAGGUUCCUGAAGGCGUGCGAUGGAGACGCUGGUGGGAUGCAGCGGUGCCCGAGGCCGGGAAGCACCGUGCGGGCACGGAGCAGCCGUGCAGCCGUGAGCACUCCGGGCAGCGCCGCCCACACGCGGCUAAGAUCAGUCCUGAAUAAAGUGGCGCAACUAGAAAGCAAAAUCAUGGGUCAAAAAAAGCACCUGGAAUUGCAGAACACUGACUCGGGCCUGAAGCCUUUGGCUGAGGAGUGCACCUCAUCUGCCUCUGGGCAUGAAGGUAGUGCCAGGGGCAGGAGGUACUGGAAGAAUUAUGAUACCACCAGUGAGAACGGGACCCGCAGGGAUGCCUGUUCUGGCGAAGAGGAAAGCAUGCAAAGCCCUAAAAGGAGUGUUAUGGUUAAACAACAGCUUGAUCUGGAUAGUGAUGAAGAGGAAAUGAGAGAAUUGAUGGAGAGCUCUUUGUGGUUUUCCAGUGGAAGUGGGAAUCAGAAGGUUCUGAGUAAGACUCCAGUUCCAUCAGGAAAGGGUCCUCUACCUCGUAAGGAAGUUUCAUCAGCAGAGUUAUCUAAAGCAUCUUCUCACAACAAAGACUCAGAGGAAAGUCUGUUUAGUAGAGUUAAUUCACCAGCACCUUCACCCACCAGCAGAAACCUGUCAGGACAUACCACAAGAUCUCAACUGCUGUCAUCUUCCACGAAAGACAACACUGUAAAGCGCACUCUGCCUAAAGCAGGCUACACCAAGCAAAUCCAAGAAUCCCUUGAAAGCGACAGAAGUGAAAUAAAGUCUUUAGAUGAAUUAUUUUCUGAAGGAGCUGAUGCAGAAGAUCCAUCCAGCAGCAGUUUGAAAUACUUUGGACUGAAUAUCAUGAGCCUUGAUGAUUUGGCACCAGAUACUACCAGUAAGGCGGCAGAAUUAAAGCAGAAAGGAAAAGACAUUCAGUUUACUCAGGAAUCAAACAAAUAUGUGAAAAAAGAUACAUUGCUGGUGGAAGAGGACCAAGCUGCUCUAAAAAUGACCAGUGCAAUAACUGUGAGUGAUUCUUCUCAAGAGGAAGUUGAAAAAUGUGUCUCUGAAGCUGAAAUCUCUGAACAUUUAAGUGGAGUUUCCUUAGAUUUCCCUCCACACAAACAGGAUUAUCUUAAUCAGAAUGAGAGUACUCUUAAUUCAGAAUAUUCUGAAGACUUUGAAAGGUCUCUGUCUGCAACAGACAGGGAAUCUGUAGAUGGACAUUCUGAGAGCUGCAGGUGUUCUGGAGCACACCCAUCUUCAGGGUCAUCCCCGUUGGUCACCCCAGAGCAGCACAGGCGGGGGCACCACGUGGCCGUCACAGAAACUGCAGUGCAGACAGCAGAGCCUCCCUUCUCCUGCUGCUGGGCAAAGGCAAACCCCGCCGCAGUGCUCGGCGCACCUGUCGGAACCACCUACAUUGAUCCAGUGCCAAUUGCCAGUCACGUGAUCAGCAUGGAUGCAGUAGAAGCCCUGACCGCGUACAGCCCCUCGGUUCUUGUCUUACACACCAUGUGCAAGCAGCACCUGAUGCUGACCCAGCAGUUUGUCGAGAAUGUUCACCACCUUCACACAGCCCUCGUGGAGUCAUUAGAGCAUGAGAAGUUCCAUUAUCAUACUCUGGAAGAGGCUAAAGAGUACAUCAAGAAUCACAAAUCCCCACCUCUAACAAUUGAGCAAGCGCUUGAAGAAGUUCAGAGAGAGCCCAGGAGAAAUUAACUGCUUGGACAGUUAUUGAACUUCAAGUGACAUUUAUAUUCACAGCUUUAAGGCUGAAACAAGAAACCUUUCCAAGUUGCACAGAUGAAAGGUUAUAAACUGCAUUGAAAGAAUUCAUACAAAUUGCUACGUUAGUAUGAAUUAGUUAGUACAAGCUGCUAAUUAUAUAUAUAUAUUUAUUUUACUUUUCUAUACCUGAAUGUUUUACUUAUCAGGAACCUUCAGCCAGACUGUGUCGGCAAAAGAGACAUCAAGAUAACACUUCUGUGUAAUGGGACUGUGAUAAGUCAUCAGUGCAUACAUUUAUCCAGUGAAUUGUGAGAUCUGUGAUCUCAUCUAUGAUGGUGGUAGAAGUGAAAGUCUAUACUACAGCCCCUGAGAAAUACAACCACAGCAGAAAAUUACCAUAUCCUGACUUCAGUGCCAUUAUCCAAACAGCAUUUCUGUAUAAUCAGCCUUGUCAGAUUACAACAAACCCAAACACACGCUUGGGUGUGUUUAUUAAGAUAAAUUCAAAACAAGGAAGGCUUAUAGUCAAGCUUCAGGAAAUCUCAGCUGCAUUUUUAUUUUAAAAAAAUUGUUUAUUGGAAGGCAAAACGACAACAUUCACAAGUUGGUAACAUACAGGUGUUGUAUGCUGAUUCACCGACAGGUACAGUUCCACAACUACAGUAGAUCUAGAACAAACUGAUAUUCCACCAUAUUAACUGAAUGGUUUUAAGAGGGUUUUUGCUCUACAAACAAACAACUGGAAAAGGGAACCGCCACGCAGACCUGGGGAGUGCAAGUGCAGUGUAAGGGCCUAACAGCUCUAGCUGGUGGUCUCUGGAAACAGUUACAAAAGGUUUCUUUUUUCAUUUGGAUUACAGCAAGUUUCCAAGAACAUCUCAUUCAUAGAAACAUGUAGAGCAGAGAAAAUGGAUUCCCUUCUAUUGAACUAAUUAGCUUUUAUUAAAGGGUAUAUACAAAAAUAUAAAAA